CGCAGCACAAGUCUGUAUUGUUCUUUUCUAUGAAUCUCAGUAGAAACUGACGAUGGAGUUGAAGAUGAAGCUGGUUAGAUUAGAUUAGAAUGGCUGGUUAAGAUGUUCUCAGAAUACAGGAUUCAUCCAGCUCUGCUUCUCCUGCUUUACUCUGGAGAAGAGGCUGUCCGACUGCAGGAGCUGGAGGGAAACACUGUAACCAUCCAUACUGGAUUAACUGGAGUUCAGAGUGAUGCUCACAUACUGUGGUACUAUAGAUCUGAGAGUGUAGAUAUAAAGAUAGUGAACAGUCAGAUCAUUAGAGGAAAGAUUAUUACAGACUAUGACAGUGAGAGAUUCAGAGACCGACUGCAGCUGAACAGAACCAGUGGAUCUUUAACCAUCAGGAACAUCAGCAGAGAAGAUUCUGGAGUUUAUAAACUACACAUCAUUACUGGACAUCAGUCAGUCUGGAGUUUCAGUGUUGAUGUCUAUGCUCCAGUAUUAAAGCCAGUCAUAAGAAAUCAAGCUGAAAAGCGCUCAGUGAGUCUCAGAGAGUCGUGUCCUCUGUGCUCUGUGGAGAAAGGGAAGGAUGUGAGUUUGUCCUGGUAUGAAGAGAAAGAGAGAAUCUCCAGCAUCAGCAGCUCAGAUUCCAGUGAACGUCUUUAUCUUCCUCUGAAUAAAACCAACCCAGACUGUUCUACUUGCACCUGUGUAGCUGCUAAUCCAGUUAGCGCUCAGACAACCCAGCUCAACAUUACAGAACUCUGCUAUAACAGCACAGGUACGAAAGGUCCUAGAGAUCUCUCCAAAUCACUGGCUGCUGUUCUGACACCUGUUGGUCUGAUUGUUGCUCUAUUAAUUUUAUUUGUGUGGAUCUGGAAAAAGAAGACAAAGCAACAAGUUUCUAAAGAUGCUGAGCUGAAUUAUGCUGAAGUGAAAAUGAAUUCACAAUUCAAAUGAAGCUCAUGAGAGCACAGCAUUAAAGACAACAGACACUAAAAUACCCUGAUGAACAACUAAUAAUCCAUCAAUACUCCCAUCAAACAACCUUCACUCCCUAAUGAAAUAACCUGCACUGAGUCUUCAGCAAUAAAGUCAGUUUUACUUUUCCAGCUCAGGCCACUUUUAUUGUUAUUGUGAAAAAGGAAUUGCAGGAAGGAACUUGAUUAUGUGAAGUAAAAAAAAUAAUUGGAUUUGAAAACUUUCACCAACUGACACUGAGCUCCUGUCAGCUCCUACCAGAUCACUAAACAAGGACAUCAUCAAACCAGAUCGAUUUUUUUUUUUUCUAACCAAUGAAGGAUUUGCAGUCAUACACAAGCUGUUCAUUAGUAUUUUUUUCAUUCUUUCAUCUAUUGAGAUUAUAUACAGUACAGCAGACCAGCCCUCUGCUUAAACCAGAACAUCAUUCUCUCCAUCUGUAGAAAGGAGUUUAAGUCAAUCAGAUUAAAACCACUCUGUAUUUAUUUGCUCUCUUCUACAGUAAAUUCAGGAUGAAGGUGUAAGCAUCACUAAUGGCUGAACAGUUCUGUGCAUGUAUAUCUUUACCUUCAUAUUACAUUCUAUAGUUGUUUUUUUAAAUAAAGCUUUUAAUAUAAAGUUAA